AUGCCACUGUUAAGAUUGACUUCGAGUACUUUUGGGCAGCUGCGUACCUUCGCAACGUCAUCAGCACUUGGAAAAAGAGUGAAGACCUUUGCAGUUUAUCGUUGGAACCCUGACGAGCCUGAUAAGAAACCAUAUACUCAAAACUUUGAAGUUGAUCUCGAUGACUGCGCUCCCAUGGUGCUUGACGCCUUACUUAAAAUCAAAAAUGAAAUGGAUCCGACCCUCACUUUCAGAAGGUCAUGUCGUGAAGGUGUCUGUGGUUCAUGUGCGAUGAACAUUGAUGGCAUUAACACUCUUGCAUGCAUUAGCCACAUCGACCAGGAUCUUUCGAAACCAUCGAAGAUAUAUCCACUACCUCAUAUGUAUGUGGUAAAGGACCUUGUCCCUGAUCUAACUAACUUUUACCGUCAAUAUCAAUCCAUAGAGCCAUGGUUACAGCGUGAUAAGGAAGUUGUUAAAGGUAAGGAGGUCCAGUUGCUCCAAGAUGCAGAAGAUAGAGCAAAGCUUGAUGGACUGUAUGAAUGUGUGCUCUGUGCUUGCUGUUCCACAAGUUGUCCAUCAUACUGGUGGAAUGGUGAUAAGUAUUUGGGCCCCGCAGUACUGAUGCAGGCUUAUAGGUGGAUCAUUGACUCUCGUGAUGAUGCCGCUGCCAAACGCUUGUCAAAACUGAAGGAUACCUACUCAGUUUAUCGGUGUCACACCAUUAUGAAUUGCACAAGAACUUGUCCGAAAGGCCUGAAUCCUGGUAGAGCUAUUGCCCAAAUCAAAACCUUAUUAUCAGGGAUGGUUAAGAAGCCAACACCUAUCAUGGACCCCGCAGGUUUGGAAAAACAAGCUGUACAGAAC